UCCAACAAAUUUCUCAUUUUCUUUUAUUGUAUUUUUUCACAUUUUAAUUAUUUAUGUAUUUAUUUUGCAUAUGUUCAAACACUGUUAUAUAACAUCUGCAUUGUACCGGUCUAUAAAAGUUAAUAAUUUAUUCAUUCUAAGUUAUACUUCAUUUUUUGACAAUUUCAUAAAAAAGUAUAACUAAUUUUAUAUGCAAACGAUAAGUUAUGAGUUACCAAACUCUCCACAACAUUGAAAAAAGUCUACGAGACAAGGGUCACAUGUACUUUCAUUAUCCAUAUAUUAUAAUUUAGUCUUAAUUGUUGUUUUAUUUUUUUUUUUUUUUUUUAAAUUAUACUUCAUAUUUUAAAUUCUAACAUUUUUUUAGAUUUUUUUUAUUCAUUUGAAUAUGAUUUUUUUUCAUUGGCAUAUACUUAAAUGUUGUAAGAUAUUAAUGAGACAUUAUCUCACUAUCAUUGUUAGAGAUUUUCGAUACAUGAAGUCAAUCAACCAUCAAUUUUGAUGCAACUAUUGGAUCACGAGGGUUCAAAAAUCUUUGUAUUGAGUAAAAAACAACGACAUGCAAAAUUUGAAUGCCACGUCGUUAUUGAAAAUUUUAAAAUAAUAGAUAUGAGCCACAUAGAGAUGAUGAAGAGAUUAAAGGUGUGGGUGUACAAGGAAGGAGAACAGCCAUUGGUGCAUGAUGGACCUAUAAACAACAAAUAUGCCAUAGAAGGACAAUUCAUUGACGAAAUGGACACAAGUAACAAGAGCCCAUUCAAGGCUAACCACCCUGAAGAGGCCCAUGUGUUCUUUCUUCCUUUCAGUGUUUAUAAGGUCAUUCGGUAUGUUUACAAGCCUAGAAGGUCAGUUUUAGAUUAUGAUGCUCACCGCUUACAGCUUUUGGUGGAAGAUUAUAUUAACAUUAUUGCAAACAAGUAUCCUUAUUGGAAUAGAAGCCAAGGUGCUGACCAUUUUUUUGUUUCAUGCCAUGAUUGGGGUCCAAGAGUCUCUUAUGCCAAUCCACAACUCUUCAAAUACUUCAUUAGAGCACUAUGCAAUGCCAACACUUCAGAAGGAUUCAGGCCCAACAGAGACGUGUCCAUACCUCAAAUAAAUUUGCCUUUUCGAAAGCUUGGCCCACAUAAUACGGCCCAACACCCUGAUAAACGAAGUAUAUUAGCAUUUUUUGCUGGUGGAGCCCACGGUAAGAUUAGAAAAAAACUACUCAAGCAAUGGAAGGACAAGGAUAAAGAAGUUCAAGUUCAUGAGUACCUUCCAAAGGGUCAAGACUAUACAAAGUUAAUGGGCCUAAGCAAGUUCUGCUUGUGCCCUAGUGGACACGAAGUGGCAAGUCCAAGAGUAGUGGAAGCAAUUUAUGCAGGGUGUGUCCCUGUCAUAAUUUCUCACAAUUACUCUUUGCCUUUUAGUGAUGUGCUAAAUUGGAGUCAAUUUUCAAUGGAAAUUGCAGUUGAUAGAAUACCAAAAAUUAAGACUAUUUUACAAAAUGUUACAAAUGCUAAAUAUCGGGUGUUGUAUUCAAAUGUGAGACGUGUACGAAGGCAUUUUGAGAUGAAUAGGCCAGCAAAACCAUUUGAUUUGAUACAUAUGACACUUCAUUCUAUUUGGCUUCGAAGAUUAAAUUUUAAAUUGAUAAUUCCACCCUAAAGAAUUAUAACUCAUUUUUUCAUUUUCA